AUUAUUUUCGGCCCAAUAAAUAAGAAAAAACAAAAAACACGUGGCAAUUAACUAUUGGCCUAAAAGAAUUAUAUGAAGGGGAAAUUAGUGGGCAGAUAGUGGCAAUAACUGCCUUAACCGUCACUAUCCUAAUCUUUCUCUCUCUCUUAACAAAAUAAAUAAAAGACAAGAUCACAGUUUAAAAGAGUCCCAUGUAAAAUCUGCAGAUAAAAUUUGGAAACACGAAAAAAUAAUUAAAUCACAAAUUUUACUUUUUUUUAAUUUUUUUACUGUGUGUCAGACAAUAUUACUAGAAGUAAAAUUAAUGGAGGAGGAGAUGAUAAAGAAAGGGCCAUGGAAAGAAGAAGAGGAUCGAGUUCUGAUCGAACACGUGCGCAAAUACGGGCCGGGUCACUGGAGCUCUCUUCGAUCCAAAGGACUCCUCCGCCGCACCGGAAAAUCCUGCCGCCUCCGCUGGGUCAACAAACUCCGCCCCCACUUGAAGACUGGGGAGAAGUUUACAGCAGAAGAGGAGAGGAGAGUGAUAGAACUGCAGGGGCAAUUCGGGAAUAAAUGGGCGAGAAUCGCCACGUAUUUAACCGGAAGAACGGACAACGAUGUCAAGAAUUUCUGGAGUAGCAGACAAAAGAGGCUGACUAGGAUUCUCCACACUUGUUCGUCGUCUUCUUCAUCCACCACUAAUCAACAACUCGAAUAUUCCCCUGUUCCUCACCAUCUUCCCUCUUUUCCGGCACCGAAUUUCGCCUCGCCACCGAAGCAAGAACACAACACGUUUCAACUAGAAUAUACUUCUCAGAUUCCGAGUUAUCUAAAUGAGUUCGAGCGAUCCAACGGACCUUCACCGGGCCCCACAGAACAACCACCUAUUAUGCCAGCAUUUUUCGGGCAGGGGCAUAAUUGUCAAAUCGCUCCAAUGCAAGAACCUAACGGCGAAGUAGACAUCGACUUUAUGAUCGACGACGACUUCCCACCAAUCGACAUGUUCGACUCUUUCUCUACUCCAGAUCUAAUCUAA